UAACGUAAACAAAGCGCGCCGACUUCCUUAUCUUAUCAACUGCUGUGUGUUUUAUUCUACGCUUUUUUUCAUCUAUUCAUCCAUCUAAAUUAUCAGGGAUUCUGUUUUAUUCGACUUUACGAUAUCCAGAAUCUUUAUCCGAUUACAUUGAAUUCAGUUUGUUCUUUCCAGUCGAACGUGAGUGCCGUUGUUCAAGCCCCUCAACUUUAAGCUCAAGGCACUUCCUCCAUCUUCACCAUGCCGGUAUUCAAAAUUGAAACUAAUGUCCCGAAAUCCAAAGUGCCCGCAGAUUUCCUUAAAACCACCACUGCCUUGGUGGCAAAAACCUUGGGUAAACCUGAGAGUUAUGUAAUCGUUCAAGUAGUACCAGAUCAGAUGUUGUCAUUUGGUGGAAGCACGGAAGCAGCGGCCAACUGUCUGCUCAUGAGCAUCGGAAAGCUUGGCUUGGAGGAAAACAAGAAACACUCAAAAGUCCUGAGUGCACAUCUUGAAAAAACUCUUGGAGUGUCUCCAAACAGAAUGUACAUACAAUUCUCGGACCUGCCCAGCAAAGAUGUCGGCUAUGAUGGAUCUACAUUCCAUGAUCUUCUAGGCUGAAAGCUAUUGAUUGAAUGUUUGUAUCCCUCCCUUUAUUUCGAAAAAGGAUCAAAGAUGCCUGCGCUUCUCCGUAUUUUUAAGUCUAACUCAUUUCAGCAACAAGUAUUCUUAAGUUCUUGGUUAUUUUUUCCUAAUUUGUGAUUUUUCAAUUCAAGUGUCAAUAUUGCCAGUUAAACUGGACACUUCAGUUUCUGUUUCUUGUUUUUGUACCUUCAAAAGAAUAUCGCCCCUUUAAAAUUAAAAUUUUUAUCAAAAAUCA